AUGCGUUCCUACGUCGCCGUUUCCAUCUUUGCGUUCUCCGCAUCCGUCUUCUCGGCCCCUACUCCUCAGCUUGGUCUCAACAACCUGACUGUUGACCCCGUCACCGGUGUUGUCUCCGACGAUGCCGGCCUCAAAGGCGUCACUGGCAUCUUGAACGAGAAGCGCCAGCUCGAGGUUGUCAACGGCCUUACCAGGCCCGUUACCGACCUCACCAAGCCCGUUACCGACAUCGUUGGCGAUGCCACCAAGAUCAGGGUCGUUGGAAACGCCAGGCGUCAGCUCAACAUCGCCCCUGUCGCUGGUCUUACCAAGACUGUUGACGGUGUCACCAACAGCGUCAAUCUGAACGGUGCCGUCAAUGGCCUUAACACCAACGUCAACAGCAAGCGUCAGCUCAACGUCGCCCCUGUCGCCAAGCUCACCGAGACUGUUGACCGCGUCACUGACAGCGUCAACCUGAGCGGUGCCGUCAAGGGCGUCAACACCGAUAUCCACGACAAGCGUCAGCUCCUUAACCUCGACACCACCACCGAGUCCGUCGACGGCCUUACCGGCCUCAACUCCAACCAACUCACCGCCGAUGCCACCAACGGCCAGGUCCUCGACACUGGCAAGCUCCUCGACCUUGACCUCAACCUCAAGCGCGGCGUCCCCGUCGUCCAGGACCUGCCCGUUGGCGGUGCCGUCUCUAGCAUCCUUGACGAAACCCCCGUUGUCAGCGGCGUAACCGGCACCCUCAACUCCGUCACCGGCGACCUCAACCCCGUCACCGAGUCCAUCUACAAGGUCGCCAAGCCCGUCACUGACGCCACCGAGAUCCUCGACGUUCGUGCCCCUCUUGUUGACGAGGUCAAGAACAUCGUCGGUGAUGUCGAUGUUCCCCUUGUCAAGGACGUCCCCGUCGUCAAGGACAUCUAA